AUGGUGAAUACCAUUCCUUGUAAAGCUGGUGAGAAGACACUUGGUGUGGAAGAUAAUAAAAAAGUUAAAGAUUCUCAAUUGACUUCUUCGAGUUAUUGGAAAACAAGUCACUCAGCAGCUUAUGGACGAGUGUUCAACCACAGUGGUAAAUGGGGGAGAGGAUGGAGAGCAGGAAUAGACAACAAAAACCAGUGGAUACAGGUUGAUCUUGGCGAGAAGGAAGUUGUCUCAGGGAUUGCCACUCAGAGAGGACGUUAUUAUCAAAAUCAUGAUCAUGCUUGUCUCGUCAAGACUUAUUCCGUGGAGCAUAGUUUAAAUGGAACAACGUUCGAAUCUUAUAAAGAUGGAGGUGUUGAUAAGAUAUUCGAUGGGAAUAGUGACUAUAAAACCAUAGUGAAGAAUGUUCUGUUUCCACCAAUCACUGCUCGUUAUAUUCGUAUACAUCCAGUGUCUUGGCAUGUCAACAUAUGUAUGCGUAUUGAGCUUUAUGGUUGUUACUAAGGGAGAUGAAAACAGUUGAAGUUUCAAAACCAGCAUGAUAUACUAUAGAAAUUGUAGAAUGGCCAAUGACUUGGAAAAGCAUUCUUAAUAUAUUAUUGUAGUUCUUGGCUUGGUAAAUCUUAAUAUACG